AUGACAGAGGAGGUUCAUGACAAGUUCUUGGAGUUCCUUUACAAUACACCGAAGGUCCGGGCGGCGGCGGAGCAGGCGAUAUACAGGAACGAAGGAGUGCUACUGGUUGACCUCCGGGAUGUUAGUGCCUAUUCUGCAGAGCUGCACGCAGAUCUACUCCUGAACUUUUCGCGGAACGUUGAGAGGAUCGACAGAAGCACGGCUGUGUAUACGAUGAGGGAGUUUUCUACUGCGCUUGAGCACACGUCGUUCUGCAACAGCCAUGUGAUUUAUAAGAUCAGGGAGUUGAAAAGCAACAGGCUUGGACAGCUUCUGAGCUUCAGCGGCACGGUCACAAGAACCACGCAGGUCAGGCCGGAGCUUGUCAGCGGGACGUUUGUAUGCAAGAUCUGCGGCUCUGUUAUCGACAACGUUUUCCAAGAGUUCAAGUACACCGAGCCCUUGACGUGUCCAAACCACCUGUGCACGAACAGGAGGCUGUGGAAGCUGGACAUUGACAAAAGCAAGUUUCUGAACUGGCAAAGAAUACAUGUUCAGGAAAACACGGAGGAGAUUCCUCCUGGGUCUCUUCCAAGAAGCAUGGAUGUGAUUGUCAGAAACGACUUGGUUGAAAAGAUAAGGGCCGGAGACAAGGUUGUGAUGACAGGGUAUUUGAUAGUUGUUCCCGAUGUGGUGCAGCUGAUGAUGCCUCAGAGCAAGAGUGUUCCUAUGCAGAGUGGGGAGUCUGAUGAGAUUAGGAAGAAGAGGAACAUAAAUAUCAAGGACCUGAACCAUAAGCUCAGCUUUAUGUGCAUUCAUGCAGGAUGCAGUGUUGAGGAGGAUGAGGAGUUUACAAACGAAGAGCUUGCCACGAUAAGUGAGAUGAGGUCGACGCCUGACCUUUAUUACAAGCUGAGCCAGAGCAUGUUUCCGUCGAUUCACGGGCACUACUCGAUCAAAAACGCGAUUUUACUUCUGCUUGUCGGGGGAGUCGGGAAGAGGGCGGAGGGAGGAACAAGACUCCGAGGAGACAUAAAUAUGCUGCUUGUUGGGGAUCCCGGGACGGCAAAGUCGCAGUUCCUGAAGCAGGCAAGCGCAUUUCUUCCGAGAAGUGUAUAUACAUCUGGGAAGAGCAGCAGCGCAGCAGGGCUUACAGCAAGUGUGGUGAAGGAUGGUGAGACCGGAGAGUUUACCAUUGAGGCGGGUGCGCUGAUGCUCAGCGACACAGGGGUGUGCUGCAUCGACGAGUUCGACAAGAUGAAUGUCAAGGACCAGGUGAGCAUUCAUGAGGCCAUGGAGCAGCAGACUAUAACGAUAUCGAAGGCGGGGAUAAAUGCAACUCUCAAUGCCCGAAGUAGCAUCCUGGCAGCAGCAAACCCAAUAAAGGGAAGGUACGACAAGAAAAAGACUCUGAGACAGAAUAUAAACCUCAGCGCACCUGUAAUGUCAAGGUUCGACCUAUACUUUGUUCUUAUCGACGAUGCAGAUCCGGAGAACGAUAGAAACGUUGCAACCCAUGUUCUCAACAGCCAUGCAUCGGUCACUGAUUCGGGAGUCCUUGCAAGUUACUUCACCAGGGAGCAGGUGAAGCUGUACCUGCGAUAUGCCAGGAAGAAGACCCCCAGGAUGACUGCAGAGGCAAAGGAAAUGCUCAUCAAAAGGUACGUUGGCAUAAGACAAGACAGUCUUAUCCAUAGCAACAACUACAUGAUGACUGUCCGGCAUCUGGAGAGUCUGAUUCGACUUAGCGAGGCGCUUGCAAAAGUCCAUGACAACGAUCUUGUGACAAAAGAGUAUGUAGAGGAGGCGCAUAGACUGGUGAAGAGCAGUGUUGUCGAGGUCAAGGGAGAGGAUAUAGAGAUAAUCCCGAAGACUGCAGACGAGCCAGGAUUCAUGGUAAGCAGCAAGGACUAUGUGAGAAUAACCAACUCCUUCAUAUAUCUCAUAAAGACGCGGGAGCCUAUGGAGAGACGCGAGCUGGUCGAGGCGCUUCUGUCUGAAAGCGAGUCAUCGAUAGAGAGUGAGAGAGCCCUGGUUGAUGAGCAGAACAAGGCAGAGAAUGUGCUGUCCUUUCUUAUAGGGAGGGAGGGUGUCCUGUUCAUUAGCGACGGAAAGAUCCACAUCCAUCCCAGCUAUGAUGUAUGA